AUGCAAGGAGUUUGGGGCAGUUUUCGGCUGGUCAGCGUGCUGGCAACAAGGCUGUCGCUGCUCGCGCCGCCGCCCAGCGCCGGCAGGCCGGCGUCGCUGCUGCACUGCGCCGGCCUAUGCCUGCAGGACGAGCGCUGCGGUGGCGUUGCGUGGCUAGACACAGACCCGCAGCCUUGCAGGUUCGUCGUGGACUCAACAGUGCCGGGAGCCACGGCAACGCUGGUGCCCUCAGCCUACGCGAUUCUCAGCCUCGACAGCAGCGCGACUGUCGUUGAAUUUCCGUCUCCUGUAUAUUCCUGGCAAGAGACAAGAGACUUCUGCAGCAGUCUCGGUUUGAAGCAGAUUUCGUACCCAGUUACCGACAAGGAAAAAGCAGCGAUGAGCAUCAGGAGGCGAAGCCGAAUUUUCAUUGAUUUGCAGCGUCAAGGCAACGGAUGGUACACUUCGGUCUCCUCCAGCCAAGUGCUGCUGCCCCCCGACUACCCCUUCCCGUGGGAUAGUACCAACCCUUCCUACGGCACCCAGACGUGCUUGGUUAUUUACGGAUAUCCAUUCCAAGUCUACGACUUUGAAUGCAAUCUUGUUGAUAGUGUUCCCUACGCUGUCAUAUGCCUUGUUUAAAAGAAAAACAGGUAUUCCCCUCCUUCUGAAGCAAUUAAUUUAUGAAUAAUUAAGCAUGGCAUUGAAUUGAGUGUGAACACAGAGUGAUGCAUACAUGAGAUGAAAUUUUGCUGUGAAAUGAAUCAUUCAUGCCAAGAGUUUCAGUCGUUAUACUUGGACUGCUCGAGAUGUUGGCAACACAUAUUUGCACAAUGCACAGUAUCCAAUUACGUUUAGAGAAAGAAAAAUCACUAGUAUAUAAGAAUAUUUCAAUUAUUUUACAGUAAAUAUCUCAUAAUUGAGUAUUCGCAUUCGAAAAAUAGAAAGUCACCAUGCAUUGGCCUCUUUACCAAAAAAUAAAAAAAAUACGCGCUCGGAAACAAACAACGUUUUGAAAUGAAACUGUUAAAUCAAUAUAUAGCUUAUAAUUCUUAUAUAAUAAGGAUAUAGUCAGGAGCAUGAU